UCCCAGUAGGCUGCGCACCCCGGCUGCUGGCGGGACCGGCGCUGCCGCGCUGGCUGCGGAGAGUGACUUUGUGAGCGUCUGUCCCGGUCGCGGGGAUGGCUUCGUUCGUGACGGAAGUUCUGGCACACUCGGGGAGUCUGGAGAAGGAGGAUCUGGGCACACGGAUCAGCCACCUGACCCGGCGGGUGGAGGAGAUCAAGGGUGAAGUAUGCAGUAUGAUUAGCAAGAAGUACAGUGAAUUCCUGCCCAGCAUGCAGAGUGCACAGGACCUGAUUACCCAGGUGGAUAAGCUGUCUGAUGAUAUUGACCUGCUGAAAUCCAGAAUAGAGAGUGAGGUCCGCCGGGAUCUUCACGUAUCAACUGCUGAAUUUACAGACUUGAAGCAACAGUUGGAAAAAGACUCAGUAGUCCUAAGUUUGCUUAAACAGCUACAAGAGUUUUCUACAGCUAUUGAAGAAUAUAAUAGUGCAUUAGCAGAGAAGAAGUAUGUGACUGCUGCUUUGCGUCUAGAAGAGGCACAGAAAUGCUUGAAGUUACUAAAAUCCAGAAAAUGCUUUGAUUUAAAAAUGUUGAAAUCUCUCAGCAUGGAGCUCACCAUACAGAAACAGAACAUACUCUAUCAUCUUGGCGAAGAGUGGCAGAAGCUGAUUGUGUGGAAGUUCCCACCAUCAAAAGAUACCAGCAACUUGGAAUCUUGCUUACAAACACAACUUCACUUAUGCACUGAACAGUCUCAAAAUGAAGAGAAGCCCCCUAUGCCACCAACCAGCUCUGUCCUCUUGGCAUUUUCUAUUCUUGGAGAGCUACAUACCAAGCUUAAAUCAUUUGGGCAAAUGCUGCUGAAGUAUAUCCUUAGGCCUCUGGCAUCUUGCCCCUCCCUUUUUGCUGUGGUAGAAAGCCAGCCUAACAUCAUCAUCAUUCGUUUUGAAUCUGUGAUGACUGACUUUGAGCAUCCGUCACCAUCUGAAGUUUUUGCAAAGGUCAGACUGGUACUGGAAGUGCUCCAGAAACAUCUUCUAGAUUUGCCUCUUGAUACUGAUCAAGAAAAUGAAAAAACAUCUAAGAUCAUAUUGGCUGAGAUGCUUGGUGACAUGAUCUGGGAGGACUUGUCUGAGUGCCUCAUUAAAAACUGUUUGGUUUAUUCUAUCCCAACAAAUAGCAGCAAGUUACAGCAAUAUGAGGAGAUCAUACAAUCCACUGAAGAAUUUGAAAAUGCCUUAAAGGAGAUGAGGUUUUUAAAAGGAGAUACUACUGAUUUGCUAAAAUAUGCCCGUAACAUCAAUUCUCAUUUUGCUAAUAAGAAGUGUCAGGAUGUGAUUGUGGCGGCUAGAAACCUAAUGACCUCUGAAAUUCACAACACUGUGAAGAUUAUUCCUGACUCUAAGAUAAGUGUGCCUGACUUACCCACCUCUGAUGAGGAUAACAAGCUACAAAUACAGAAAAUGUCCACAACUCAGUACAAUGAAAUGGUGAAUUUACAGCCUGAAAAUACAUUGGACCAACAUUCCUUUUCUUUGCCCACUUGUCGUGUUAGUGAAUCUGUGAAGAAAUUAAUGGAACUUGCUUACCAGACUUUACUAGAGGCAACAACCAGUAGUGAUCAAUGUGCUGUUCAACUUUUCUACUCAGUGAGGAAUAUCUUCCAUUUGUUUCAUGAUGUUGUACCAACAUAUCACAAGGAGAACCUUCAAAAACUUCCCCAAUUGGCUGCCAUUCAUCAUAACAACUGUAUGUAUAUUGCUCAUCACUUGCUGACCCUCGGGCAUCAGUUCAGAUUACGUCUUGCCCCCAUUCUUUGUGAUGGCACUACUACUUUUGUGGAUCUUGUACCUGGCUUCAGGAGACUUGGGACAGAAUGUUUUUUGGCCCAAAUGCGGGCACAGAAAGGAGAACUUCUGGAAAGAUUAUCAAGUGCUAGGAACUUUUCAAGCAUGGAUGAUGAAGAGAACUAUUUUGCAGCAAGUAAAGCAAUCCGUCAGGUCCUGCACCAACUGAAGAGACUUGGAAUUGUGUGGCAGGAUGUCCUGCCAGUGAACAUAUAUUGCAAGGCUAUGGGGACUUUACUCAAUACAGCAAUUUCUGAGAUUAUUGGAAGAAUCACUGCCCUGGAGGACAUCUCUACUGAAGAUGGUGAUAGAUUGUAUUCCUUAUGCAAAACAGUGAUGGAUGAAGGACCCCAAGUAUUUGCACCUCUCUCUGAAGAAAGCAAGAACAAGAAAUAUCAAGAAGAGGUUCCAGUCUAUGUGCCAAAAUGGAUGCCAUUCAAAGAACUGAUGAUGAUGUUACAGGCCAGCUUGCAAGAAAUUGGGGAUCGGUCAAAUAAAGGAAAAAACACAACGCAUUCUACAGAAUACUCAAUGGCUCAAAGAGGUCAGUCAGGACAGCAUAGAGCAUCCCAUAUGGUCCAGCCUACAAGCAGCUCUGCCCAAAUUAACCUGGGUUUAACCCCUUUUGGGCCCCCUGAAACUAUUUCUCCUCCUCCUCCUCCUCUUCAGGCCCUGCAUUUUCAGGAUAGUUACCAAAUUUGUACAAACAAGAUUAUAAGUCCUAGUUAACCAGACAGUAGGACAGUUUGUCCUUACCCAGGUAAAGGGACCCUACCAGCCUAUACCCCAGGUAAUAAUGUGAAUUUACUCCUUAGGCAUCCACGAUAUCCCCUCUCAUGCAGGCAGUAAUAAAGGAGAAAUGGCGACCCCAUCCCUCUUCUUUUCCUUUAUAUGUACCUUUUAAGACGGGAAUGAAAGGGUUAAAGAGAAUAAAAUGGGGAAGAGAAAAACUUGCUGUGCUUAGCAGAUAUCUUGCAGAAAGCUUGCAGUCUUGAACACCGCAUAGCUCAGAUAACCAGAAGAAACCUGGCAUUGGGAGGAACCAAGGACAUCAGCAGAACGGCUUAUAGCCAGCAAGGAUUAAUAAAAGUCUGCCUCCUCCUUCAGUCUC